GAAAAUCAGAAUCUCCUUGUCCACAAAGUUAGUUCUCUGAAAAGAUCGUUUCGUUCAAUUUCGGAAAAGAGAAGUGAGAGAAUGGACGCCAUAGACUCAGUGUUCGAUCCGCUCAGAGAGUUUUCCAAGGACAGCGUUCGCCUCGUCAAGAGGUGCCACAAGCCCGAUCGCAAAGAAUUUACGAAGGUGGCGGUCCGUACAGCUAUUGGUUUCGUGGUGAUGGGAUUUGUCGGGUUCUUCGUGAAGCUGAUAUUCAUCCCUAUCAACAACAUCAUCGUCGGAUCUGGCUAGGUCAGACUGUAAUGGUUGGCAGUUCAGUAGAAUCAGAAGGGAAAUGAGAGCGUGAAAACUCACUUUAGGAUUUUAAUUUGCAGCAUACGAGAGUACAUUUGUUGUUGACAAUAUUUGGAUUUGCUUUAUAAUGGCAUGCGUUGAAAUGUUUACUCAUCCUCUAUGGUAUUUUGGUAGUUGUGUUU